AUGCCUAAGAGGAAGAUCAGCUCCCCUGAAGGGGCGGUGAAGGAGGACCCCAAGAGGAGAUCAGCAAGGUUGUCAGCUAAACCUGCUCCUGCAAAAGUGGAAACAAAGCCAAAAAAGGCGGCAGGAAAGGAUAAAGCUUCAGACAAAAAGUACAAACAAAAGGGAAAGGGGGGAGCAAAAGGAAAACAGGCCGAAGUGACUAACCAAGAGACUAAAGAUUUGCCUGCAGAAAACGGAGAAACUAAAAAAGAGGAGAGCCCAGACUCUGAUGAAGCAAGAGAGAAAGAAGCAAAGUCUGAUUAA